AUGACGGAAACUCGUACGCAGAGGGCUGCAGUGCUUGUAGAACGGGGCCCCAACCCCAAGUUUGAGGUGCGCACCGUUCCCGUACCCACCGUCGGUCCCAAUGACGUCCUGGUUCGCCUGUCCGUCACCAGUGUCUGCGGCUCCGACUACAGCCUCGCUGUCGGCCACCUGGGCCCCUCCCGCGACAUUCUCGGCCAUGAGGGCGUUGGCCGCAUCGUUGCGUUUGGCUCCAACGCCACCACCCUCGACAGCACCUUGACGAUCGGCCAGCGCGUCGGCCUUGCCUGGAACCGCGAUGCCUGCGGCCUCUGCGUCUUCUGCAUGGACCCCAACAACGAUGCCGAGACCCGCUGCAAAGCCCGGCUCGUGUCUGGUGUGGCCGCCGACGGCACGUUUGCCGAGUAUGCUGUCGUGCCUGUGCGCUACCUCCUGCGCCUGCCGGCCGAGCUGGACGACGUAUCGGACGAAGACAUUGUGCCCAUCAUGUGCGGCGGCGUCACGGCCUACAAGGCCAUCAAGGAGUGCGGCCUGCUGCCGGGCCAGAUUAUUGCCGUUGUGGGUGCGGGCGGCGUCGGUCUGCUGGCGCUCAUGUACGCCAAGGCCAUGGGCUUCCGUACCAUUGGCAUCGACGUCAAUGCCGAAAAGGGCGUGCUUGCCAAGGCGCACGCGCACGUUGACCACUACGUGGACCUGUCGUCCCUGCCCAAGCUCCCCGACGGCGCACCCAGCGCCAAUCCGUUCUGGUCGUCCGUCGGUGACGCUGUCAAGAAGCUGACGCCAGGCGAGGUGGGCGUGCACGCCGUGCUCGUGGCCUCGGGCGCCCCGGCUGCAUACCAGUCGGCAUUCGGCAUGCUCGCUCCCUUUGGCGCCCUCAUGUGCGUGGGCCUGCCGCCCAUUGACAAGCCCGUGCUGUUCCACCCUACGGCGUUCAUUGCCAACGGCUGGCGGGUGCUCGGCUCGGCCGUGGGCAAGCGCGGCGACAUCCUCGAGGCGCUCGACUUUGUGAAGCGUGGACUGGUGAAGCCGCUGACGAAGCCGGCCAGGUUCUCUGCCAUUGACCAAUUGGUAAACGACGUCGGCCGGGGCAAAGUCGACGGCAAGUACGUGAUCCGGCUGGACGACGAAGAGGCUUCAGACGCCGCCGCACCGGCUGCAGCUGACCCCGCUGCGGCAUAA